AUGGCUUCUUGUCUUUCUCUUCUUGUUGCUAUUAUCCUCUGCUUCUCAUCUCUCCAGUGUUCCAACGCCAUCGGCAAAGGCUACCGUCUGAUCUCCAUGGAGAAGUCUCCCGAUGAUGGCAGCUUCAUUGGCUAUCUCCAAGUGAAGCAGAGUAACAAAAUCUACGGCUCUGAUAUAACCAUCCUUCGACUCUUCAUCAACUACAGAACGGAUCAUCGCCUUCGCGUUCACAUUACAGACGCAAAGAAACAACGAUGGGAAGUUCCGUACAAUCUCCUCCGCCGGGAACAACCACCGAAUGUAAUCGGAAAAUCAAGAAAAUCUCCGGUUACGGUACAAGAAAUAUCCGGACCGGAGCUGAUUUUAAUCUUCACCGUAGAUCCUUUCAGCUUCGCCGUAAGAAGAAGAUCCAACGGCGAGACGAUUUUCAACACUAGUAGCUCCGAUGAGUCAUUCGGAGAGAUGGUGUUCAAGGACCAGUACCUCGAGAUCUCAACUUCUUUACCUAAAGACGCGUCUCUAUACGGAUUUGGUGAAAACUCUCAAGCCAAUGGAAUCAAACUGGUUCCUAAUGAGCCAUACACUCUCUUCACUGAAGACGUCUCGGCGUUUAAUCUCAACACUGAUCUUUACGGGUCGCAUCCGGUUUACAUGGAUUUGAGAAACGUUAGUGGUAAAGCCUAUGCACACUCUGUUCUGCUUCUUAACAGUCAUGGUAUGGAUGUGUUUUACAGAGGCGAUUCCUUGACGUACAAGGUAAUUGGAGGUGUUUUUGAUUUCUAUUUCUUCGCUGGACCGUCGCCUCUUAAUGUCGUUGAUCAAUACACUUCGUUAAUAGGACGGCCAGCGCCAAUGCCGUACUGGUCUCUAGGGUUUCACCAAUGUAGAUGGGGGUACCGUAAUGUAUCAGUUGUUAAAGAUGUGGUGGAUAAUUACCAAAAGGCUAAGAUCCCUCUUGAUGUGAUUUGGAACGAUGCUGAUUACAUGGAUGGUUACAAGGACUUCACUUUGGAUCUUGUGAAUUUUCCUCAUGCUAAGCUAUUGAGUUUCUUGGAUAGAAUCCAUAAGAUGGGAAUGAAGUAUGUUGUGAUAAAAGAUCCUGGUAUUGGUGUCAACGCGAGUUACGGUGUAUACCAAAGAGGCAUGGCUAGUGAUGUGUUCAUUAAAUAUGAAGGAAAGCCUUUCUUGGCUCAAGUGUGGCCUGGUCCAGUUUACUUCCCUGAUUUCCUUAACCCGAAAACGGUUUCUUGGUGGGGCGAUGAAAUUCGACGUUUCCAUGAGUUAGUACCCAUUGAUGGUCUUUGGAUCGACAUGAAUGAGAUCAAUGCUACUGGACACAAAGCUUCUCUAGGGUUCAAGACUAUUCCCACAAGUGCUUAUCACUACAAUGGUGUUCGUGAGUACGACGCUCACAGCAUCUACGGGUUCUCUGAGGCCAUAGCGACCCACAAGGCCUUGCUUGCUGUCCAAGGCAAACGUCCAUUUAUAUUGUCACGGUCCACUUUUGUUGGUUCAGGUCAAUAUGCUGCUCACUGGACUGGAGAUAACCAAGGAACAUGGCAGAGCUUGCAAGUAUCUAUCUCAACGAUGUUGAAUUUUGGAAUUUUUGGAGUUCCUAUGGUUGGUUCAGAUAUAUGUGGAUUCUUUCCUCCAACACCAGAAGAACUCUGCAACCGUUGGAUUGAAGUUGGUGCGUUUUACCCCUUUUCAAGAGAUCACGCUGAUUACUACGCUCCAAGAAAAGAGCUUUACCAAUGGGGAACAGUAGCAGAGUCAGCUCGUAACGCUCUUGGGAUGAGAUACAAACUCCUUCCUUUUCUCUACACUCUCAACUACGAAGCCCAUAUGAGUGGUGCACCAAUCGCUAGACCGCUCUUCUUCUCUUUCCCUGAGUUCACUGAAUGCUACGGUUUGAGCAAACAGUUCUUGCUCGGAAGCAGCUUAAUGAUAUCGCCGGUUCUUGAACAAGGUAAAACCCAAGUUGAAGCACUGUUCCCACCAGGUUCUUGGUACCACAUGUUUGACAUGACUCAGGUCGUUGUUUCAAAGAACGGGAGGCUUUUCACCCUCCCCGCUCCGUUUAACGUUGUGAACGUGCAUCUUUACCAGAACGCGAUACUACCCAUGCAACAAGUCGUCGCUUUCCCGGCGGGAGCAUCAGAGGGAUACGCCUCCGGGAAACUCUUUCUUGAUGAUGAUGAGCUUCCGGAGAUGAAACUUGGAAACGGGAAGUCAACGUACAUUGACUUCUACGCAUCGGUUGGAAAUGAGAGUGUGAAGAUAUGGUCGCAAGUGAAAGAAGGUCAGUUUGCGUUGAGCCAAGGUUUGGUGAUUGAGAAAGUGAUUGUUUUGGGACUUAAAGGAACAUGGAAAGUUUCUGAAAUACUUCUUAAUGGAAGUUCAAUCUCCAAUGAGACCAAGACGAUUGAGGUAAGCUCCAAGGAGCAGAUGUAUGUGGUGGGUUCUGAAGAUGAAGGAGAGAGUAAAAGCUUCAUGGUUGAGCUUAAGGGCCUUGAGAUGCUAGUGGGUAAGGACUUCAACAUAUCUUGGAAAAUGGCUAGUACUAAUGUACUAUCAAUGGCAGGAAAUGAGGUUAUCGCGCGCUAA